AUGGCGCGUUUGAUGAGCUUCCCUACUUGCGGUUUCCGUCCGAACCGAUGCUACGACGAAUCCUGUGGUGGCGAUAGCGACGGUUUUGGACGAGACACUAGGGAUCAAAGGAGAAUGUUUAUCGAACUCCAAAGACAAGCAUACAUGUACAGGCUGCUUAACCAGUAUUCGUCGCCUGGGGGCAUAGGAAGGUCUCAACCACCCUUUUUGGAUCAUGUCAGACCGAGUCCCAUGAUGGGAAGCCACCCGCAGUUCGGUGUCCCAUCACCUCUGGGUGUGAACAUGGGUGGUAGUAGGUUAGGCGGCACGGGUGUUAUGGGCUUUAGAAUGGGCUUUGGCAUGGGGUCAGGCAUGAGACUGGGCACGAGAGUGAGUGGAGGCAGACGCAGAAGCACAGGGUGUUCAAGUCAGCCUCCUUUCUUAGGAGAUUUGCAGAUGGGCUAUGGUCAGUCUUCGCCAUUCGGUCUCGGCCAAUCACCCCAAUUACACCCAGUAUUUACCAGCCGCCAUCGACAGAACGACCAGCCAUCAUGGCCUCAAGCCCGUCGUGCUCCCUCCUCGACAAGCUUCUUUGGCGACGAUGAGGAUAAUGAGAGCGGCUACGACUCCUCCACAAUAUAUAACCACCCAAGAUGGAGGAGUGUAGGCAUUAGACAGCUUGGGCGGUCACCAUACGAAGCUCGACCUAGGCCAAACUGGAUGCAUAAUUACAACGAUCGCUACGAGGAGUACGAUGACGAGGAUGAUGAAGAUUAUGAAGAAGGAGGGGAAGACGAGAGUGAUUUUGAAGAUUAUUACCCAGUGCGUCGACGACGGCCGAGGUAUUAG